UCUCCAUCCGAAUCCUUCGGGCCUGGGCUGGCCUCGUUCCGCCGGGAGUUCCGGGGACAUGUACCCCCUCCUUCCUGUGGAAGGCGCUUUCGUCUCAACUCCGUUUCCUUGGAUCCUCAGGUUUCCAGCGAAGGGACAACCCUUGAAGGCGAGACAUAUGUUCAGAUCCACAAAUUCUUCCUGGUCGCCAUCGUCCUCCUCCCCAUCCGAGAAACGACGCCCUUGACCAGCUCUUCAAGACAGCUGCUGCCAGUCUGACCACGAUUGGCAAUCUCUUGGCAACAUGGCUAGUCUUCUUUCCUUGUCUUUGCCAUCGCGCUGACGCAGGCAUUCAGCCUCACUCGAUUUGGCUCGCAAGAGAGUAGUAACAUCAACUUCCGAACCGUACCACACGCGCUCAUCCUACUAUUUCGCAUGAGCUGCGGUGAAGGGUGGAAUAUUGUGAUGGAAGACUACGCGAAUAUUGAGCCACCCUUCUGCGUUGAUGACGAGGACUUCUUCCAGAGCGACUGUGGCAGCAAGCCUUGGGCGCGUUUCUUAUUUGUUGCCUGGAACAUCCUGAGCAUGUACAUCUUUGUGAACCUCUUCGUCUCGCUCAUCUACGAGAGUUUCAGUUACGUAUACCAGCGAUCCAGCGGUCUAGCAGCUGUCGAUCGGGACGAGAUUCGUCGAUUCAAGGAGGCGUGGCGCAGCGUCGACCCAGCCGGGACAGGGUGGAUCAGCAAAGACGUAUUCCCGCGAUUACUGGGGGAGCUGUCGGGAGUUUUUGAAAUGCGAAUCUACGACGCGGACGACUCGGUGAGUCGCAUCUUGGAGGAUGUACGAAACGAUGCGACGGUUUCCAGACACACGUCGAUAGCAACCGCAAGCGCCUACAGCGGGGUAGAUAUCGACAGGCUUAACCGGCGUCUAGCCCAGAUUGACGUGGUCAAAGUUCGAGAACGAAGACGACGUUUCAACAUCUUCUUCGAAGAGGUCAUGGUCUCAGCUGACCCUGAUCGAGGCAUCUCUUUCACUACUGUCCUGAUGAUAUUGGCUCAUUACAACAUCAUCAGCGAUAGCAAAAGUCUAAGGCCGAUAACGCUCAUUAGGUUGGAAGAGUUCCUGCGCCGCCGCGCCAGGUUACAGCGAGUUGACGAAGAGGUGCGGCGAAGAAUUGUCCUGGGCUUCUUCGACACUUUAUACUAUUCCCGGCAGUUCAAGAAGCACAAAGAACGCAAGCAAGCGGGACGGAUGACUGCAGUCCCGCAGUUGGACAUUCCGCACAUCUUCGUGGACGACGAGGACGGCAGUAAGCAGCAGACACCAACGAUCCGUCAAAGCGGCCAGGGUAAGUCGACCCUGCUCAGUGCGGAAGACGCAGACCGGGCACAUCACAGGAGCUGGUCAGGAUCAUCCGAUCUCCAGGGACCAGGCCUUGACGGCGGAUACCAACAUCCGUUGAGCUUCCCUCGGUCGGGCCCGUCGUCGCCAAGCCAUCAAUCGGCCAAUUCAGCGUUUAGCUUUGAGCUACAGGAACCUGGCUUGGGGUCGGGGGAGAACAGUCGACGAACAAGCGCGGUUAGUCCGGCGCAGGUCAGCAACAUCCUCGACGACUCGGUUUGGGUUGAGAGCAUCAGGCGGAGCGCCACAGUACGCAAGCCGGACUGGAGCAAUUACUGA